AUGACUUCCUCUGCUAACAUUACUUUCGACGACUACCUCGGGCUGAAUGCAUGCCUCUUCGAGUGGGCCGACAGCUACGAUACAAAGGACUGGGAUCGACUUCGCAGGUGCAUCGCCCCUAAACUCCGCAUCGACUACCCCUUUCUCGAAAAGGUCUGGGAAGCUAUACUCGCGGAAGACUACGUCGCCAUGAUGAGCAGCAAGUCCAUGCUCGGCAGUCCGCUACUCAAGACGCAACACCUGGUCGGCGCAAGUCGCUGGGAAAAGAUCUCCGACACCGAGGUCGUGGGCCAUCACCAGCUUCGCGUCCCGCACCAAAAGUACACCGAUACGACUUUUACCCGGGUCGCCGUCAAAGGCCACGCGCACAGUAGCAACACGCACUGGUAUAAAAAGGUCGAUGGUGUGUGGAAGUUUGCGGGGCUGAGGCCCAAGAUGCACUGGUCCGAGUAUGACUUUGAGGCUGUAGUCGCUGAAGGCCGCGACUCGCUUGUGGCUGGGAGGAAGAAUAAAGUCUAA